AUGGAGUUCCCUUGGUAUUCUGUUAUUGUUCCUCUGUUUGUUUUCAUUUUCUUUCUUCAAAGGUUCUUCUUUACUGAUUCCAAUAAUAACAAAAAAUUACCACCAUCUCCAAGAAAGCUCCCAAUCAUAGGGAAUUUGCACCAACUUGGGUCGCAUCCUCACCGUUCUCUCCAUAAAUUAUCCAAAAAAUAUGGUCCAGUCAUGCUACUUCACUUGGGCAGCAAACCAGUGCUCGUUGCUUCCUCUGUUGAUGCUGCUCGCGAUAUCAUGAAAACACACGAUCUUGUAUGGUCAAGCAGACCUAAAUCAAGCAUCGCUGAUGGACUUCUUUAUGGCUCCACAGACGUGCCAUUUAGUCCCUAUGGUGAAUAUUGGAGACAAAGUAGAAGCAUCGCCGUGCUUCACCUACUCAGCAACAAAAGAGUCCAAUCUUAUCGUGAUAUCAGAGAAGAAGAAACAUCGAACAUGAUUGAAAAAAUCAGGCAAGGUGGUGAUUCUUCGAAUUCAGUGAUAGAUAUGAGAGAUGUUUUAAGUUGUAUGACGAAUAACAUAAUCAGCAGAGUGACCACAGGAAGGACAUACAAUGGAGGGGACAGUGGAAUACCUGUUAAGGCUCUUCUAGAAGAGCUUCUUAUACUUUUAGGUAUAUUUAGCAUUGGGGAUUAUAUUCCAUGGCUUAAAUGGGUCGAUAAAAUCAACGGUCUAGACAGUAGAGUGAAGAAAGUAGCUAAAGAUUUGGAUGCAUUUCUAGAGAGCGCUAUUGAAGAAGGCGUGACUAGGAACAAGAAAGCAGAAUGCAGUGCGGGUGAAGCUAAAGAUUUCGUGGGCGUUUUGCUGGAAAUUCAGGAUGGAAAGGAGACUGGUUUUCCUCUUCAAAGAGAUUCACUGAAAGCUAUCCUUUUGGACUCAUUUACUGCUGGUACGGAUUCAAUAUAUACAACUUUAGAGUGGAUAAUGACUGAGCUUUUGAUGCAUCCAAGAGCCAUGGAAACAUUACAGAAUGAAGUGCGAGGAUUAGCCCAAGGAAAAGCAGAGGUAACAGAGGACGACUUAGGAAAUAUGCAGUAUCUUAAAGCAGUAAUCAAAGAGACACUUCGACUUCAUCCACCGUUUCCACUACUAGUUCCUCAUGAAUCAAUAGAAGACGUAAAAUUACUAGACUAUCACAUACCUGCUAAAACUCAAGUCCUUAUUAAUGCUUGGGCAAUUGGAAGAGACGCAUUGUCGUGGGAUGAUCCAGAGGAGUACCAACCUGAGAGAUUCUUGAAUAGUGAUAUUGAUUUCAGAGGACUAAACUUUGAGUUGAUUCCGUUCGGAGCUGGCAGAAGGGGUUGCCCAGGAAUUACUUUUGCUAUCAUGGUAAUUGAGGUAGCAUUAGCAAAGAUUGUGCACAAGUUCAAUUUCGCGUUACCAAAAGAAGAAGAUUUGGACAUGACUGAAUGCACUGGCAUCACUAUUCGAAGAAAAUCACCUUUACUAGCAGUGGCAACUCCAUGCUCUACUUAG